GGCCGAGGGCACCAAACAAAGAUUAAAGAAUCAAAACAUUUGCAGAACGCAACGCAACACACACUUGGAGCAAAACCCAGUUCGUUUUCUUUCUUGUCAAUCAUGGCGGACGAUGAUAUUCCCAAUGAUGUGAAGGAAGAGGUGGCAGAUAUUGCCCCAUUUGAUCCCACUAAAAAGAAGAAGAAGAAGAAGGUUGUAAUCCAGGAUUCUGCUGAUGAUUCUGUGGACAGUUUAGCUGAGAAGACUGAAAACUUGUCAGUUUCUGAUGGGCUGGAAAGUACGUUCUCUGGUUUGAAAAAGAAGAAGAAGAAGCCAGUUGAAGUCAGUUCCUUAAAUGAUGAGAGUGGGGAUGCUGGGGAAGAUUUGGAUGAUCACAUUGGUGAGGAUGAAGAAGGACAAGGAAUAUCACUACAACCACGUUAUCCUUGGGAAGAAAGUGACCGUGAUUAUGAAUAUGAGGAGCUUCUUGGCAGGGUGUUUAACAUUCUUCGGGAGAAUAAUCCAGAGCUGGCAGGAGAUAGGCGUAGGACUGUUAUGAGACCUCCACAAGUUCUUCGGGAGGGCACAAAGAAAACUGUCUUUGUGAAUUUCAUGGACCUUUGCAAGACAAUGCAUCGGCAGCCAGACCAUGUCAUGGCUUUCUUGCUUGCUGAACUGGGGACAAGUGGGUCACUUGAUGGGCAGCAAAGAUUAGUUGUGAAGGGAAGAUUUGCACCUAAGAAUUUUGAAGGAAUCCUGCGCCGAUACGUCAAUGAGUAUGUUAUUUGCAUUGGGUGCAAAAGUCCAGACACUAUACUUUCAAAGGAGAACCGUCUCUUCUUUCUCCGAUGCGAGAAGUGUGGUUCUGGACGAUCAGUUGCUCCAAUUAAAGCUGGUUUUGUUGCUCGUGUUGGCCGUAGGAACGCAGGGACAUGAUCUGCCCUUGUCCUUUUUCAAGUUCAAGACUCAUGAUUGAUUGGUCCAUGAAGCCUAAGUGUUUUUGUUUCUGUUUACUAUUCAACCCUUUAUUUUGUGUAGAAGUCAAUACCUAUAUCUUUUUGUAUGGGAAUUUGGAUGAGGAGAUGAGUUCUUUUACUACUUGAUCGUAUCCUAUCAAUUGUUUCUUAACGUAAAGUUUCAAUUGUUUGCUUGAAUUCGAGGAUAGAAUGUCCAUUUAAGGCAUUGAAAGGAAUAGUGUUCCUUUCAAAUGAUAAAGGUUCAUGCCAAUAUUCUGAUUGUUGUUCAGCUUUUAA